AUGGAGCCAUACUGCCAGCUAUACAAGUUUCUUAUCACAGGAUACCUGCAGUAUGAGGGACAGCUGAUUCGAGCCAUGUCUGGUCAAGAGGAAGGACAGUAUGGUAACAACAGGACUCUUGAGCAGAAUUUUUUCUCGUCGGACUAUGGUAUUGGUUAUAAUUGUCAGUAUUCUGUUGUUGUGCAGCAAAGAGCUCAGCAUCACAUUAACUCAUGUUUGCUUCAGUCUCAUACUCCCAAAGGUAGAAGUGCCGAGAGGUCAAGUAUGUCAAGCACGGAUUCAUCAACUGGGUCUGGAUCCUCACCACUAAGUGAAAAAUCAAUCAGUCCAACAUGUGGAUUUUCUGAUAAAUCCAUACUUAAUUCAGCUGCACCUGUCUUGUCCAACUCAGGAAGGCUUAUGCAUAGUCUUAAUCUUGUCUCAGCCUAUCGUCACACUAUAGAAAGGCUUGGCCACAGAGAAGAGGAGGUUACCACUCAUCACGACAAAGCACAAUGCACAGUUGAUUACAUUUUUUAUACAGUGGCCAGUAAAGAAGUUGACAGUCAUCAUGGUCGCCAGAUGAAACUGCGGCAAGUGAAAGAAGGGUGCCUGAAGUUGCUGGGCCGCUACGGCCUCAUGUCUGCUCAAGAACUGGGAAGGCUAGGAGGCAUUCCUAAUACAACACUAGCUUCAGAUCAUUCAUGUCUUAUUGCUAAAUUUCUGCUGACAUGA